AUGAAAAGAUGUUCUCCAGUCCUCAACACUGCGAAUGGAGUGGUUUUCGGUGAAGCAACUCUUUCAUUUCAAAAGGAUUGCUUCAAAACCUUACUGGCCCGCCAAGCAUCAUCAGCUCCUGAACUCGAGCACAUUCAUAGACCUGCACAUAUACGGUUAACCAGGAACCACCGACCGAGUCGGAGUAUCUGGUCUGUGUCCAAACCACUUUUGCUUGGCUACUUUUGGCCUAUGAUAUUCCACAAUGAAGAUCUUUAUGCGAAAAUCGAUGAGGUGUACCGGCGAUUGACGCGUGGAUACUAUCAACAUCCUACACCGCUAUCGAAAUUGGUCACAGAAAGUCGUCUUCACUUCUUUAUCACAUAUUAA